GUGGUUCCCAAUUUCUCUGUAAUGGUGGUUCGUAGUUUCGUAAACACGGAAGGAUCUAAAAUUGUUUUUAUCGGACAGUCGAUCACGUCGAUAUGUGAAUUUCACAAAAGUGAUUGUCGGAUUCUCCGAUUGUCGCGAUCACCCGCUAGUGAAAACCUAACCUAACCUAACAAACUCUUCCUCGACGACGAGUAUAUGUUCUGUGUCUUAUAGUCCGCACUGUCGUUGUCACCGUGUAUAAUCUACGUUGUAAUCUGCUCUUGUAUUAACUGCAACAAUCGUGCUGUGUCGCAUCUUGCGAGAGACGGUUUCUUUCUCGAGGAAAUCGUUUCGGGAUUUCUCUCGAUCCGAGGCGGAUCUCGCGGGGCGGAACUUCUGUUCGACAGUGCGUUGUAGGAGCGGCCAACGUCAGUCAAUCUGAUAAGGUCAGGCAUGCACCUGGUGCAUGCGACGCAGUCAUCCACAGACGAUCUUCGGAUGUGCAUCCUGUCGUCCUGCGGCGUGCCACCAUGAGCGAAGAAUCCAGGAAAAUAGUGACAAGAUUCCACCCUAUCCACGGUGAGAAUAUCCUUCUGUGCGAAGAUAGCACGGUAGCAGUGCGUACCACAAGCUUUGCCAAUUCGGUGGCCUUCAGCGAAAAGCCAUUGCAACCAGGGGAGAUCUUCCUUGUGGAGAUCGAAAAGACAGAGAGAGGAUGGAGUGGACACAUGCGUCUAGGUCUCACUCUGAUCGAUCCGGCUUCCGUCACCAAUAAUCUGCCUCAGUAUGCAAUGCCUAAUCUGGUUAGAUUAGGCAAUACAUGGAUCCUCGCUAUAACUAGGAAUCAAACUAUCUGGGACAACUUUGAUGGUGGUCUAUCGUCUACAUACACUUCUCUCACUGGUAUACCACCAGGAAUUCCAGCCAGAGAGAAGAAAUUGGUCACAGAUGGAGUCAAUGUGCAAACAUCACGAGGUGUCAUUCCAUUCAAUGCCCUGAAGCCAAAUAUAGAUGGUUCAUCCCAGUGCAUUCUACCUACAGAUGCCGGCAGUCGCAUUGGUAUUAUGUAUGUACCACAAGCCGGCUGUCCUGAUAAGGCAGAAAUGCAUUUUAUCAUCAAUGGUGAGGAUCAAGGUGUUUGUGGAAAGGAUAUUCCCUAUAAAGCAGGACCCUUGCGUGCAGUAGUGGAUGUUUAUGGUACCACAAAACAAGUUCGAAUAGUUCAACUAUAUGGGGCAGUAUCGACGCUACAAAGUGCAUGCCGCGACGCUAUAUUGCAAUACACCAAGAGAAAUGCAGUCAAUCUGCUCCCUUUGCCAAGAUUAUUGAAGGACUAUCUCUUAUAUCAGUCGCAGUGAGAACCAGCUCAUUCCGUUUUCACAUAUAAAAUAUGUUUAGAAAACAGUACCCAUUAAUUUUUUAUCUUUAUCUCCAGUGAUAUCUUCAAGUGUUUGAUACAUAUAUGAGUAAUAUGUUUUAUUAUUGAAGACUGACAGUGCAUAUGUCGACUUGUCGCAUUCAUACGAAUUAUUCGUUUCUAUACACAUAUCUUUCCGAAUAAUGUAUACGAUGGAAACGGUUGACUAUGUCUACAUAACGAAAAUUUUUUCACUCGUACAUUUAGUUUUAAAAAUUUUUCUGGGAUGAAAUGCUAAAUCAUGUGUAUAUAGUGUAACGAAAUGUUGAUUGCUGCAAAGUCGAAGAAUUCAGUGAGAUCAUAUUGAAAGUUCAAAUGUAAUUAUCAGAAAUGACCAUUUAUGGGGCAUAAUGACGCCAUAUAUAAAACUUAAGUAUAUUUUUGGGCAGUUAUUUUUGUUCUAUCUUUUUUCUUAGUUCUCUAUUUAUUAUGAGAUACAUAGGAUUAAGUUGCAACUUACGCUGUUGUUGAACAAAUAAAAACGAACGAUAUUAAUAUAAGUGUCCAAAAGAAAAGCUGUUUUACAAAAUAAAGGUAUUUA